AUGGCCCAAGACAACUCUCCAAACAAGACCAUAACAAUGAAUCAGAGACGCAGCCGCACCAAAUUCACAGAAGAUCAAUUGAAAAUCCUCAUCAAGGCAUUUGACCAAAAUCCUUACCCAGGUUAUGCUACCAAACAAAGACUUGCUUUAGAAAUCAACACUGAUGAGUCCAGAAUCCAGAUUUGGUUUCAGAAUCGAAGAGCUAGGCACCAGUGCCAGAAAAAAUCAGAACCCGAUGAGGACUUAGAAUCAAGUCAAGACCAAGAUCACUCUGAAGAGGAGAUUCAAAGUAGAGAAGACAGACGGUGUCGUACCAGCUAUACUUCUUCACAAUUACACACCCUCAUCGGGGCAUUUAUGAACAACCCUUAUCCUGGAAUUGAUACCAGAGAGCAACUUGCUAAGGAAAUUGGCAUUCCAGAGUCAAGAGUCCAAAUUUGGUUUCAAAAUCGGAGAUCCAGAUUCCAUGUCCAGAGAAAAAGAGAACCUGAUGAUCAAGACUCAGAACAGAGACAAGACCAGGAACAGGAUCUCUGGGAUGAGAGAGUUCAAGACAACUGUUUUCCCAAUAAACUAUUGGGCCUUUUCAGACCCAACAAACCCACUAGCUGUCUCUGCGGAAGCCUGGACUCAAGGUCAACUGAUACAGUCCCAGCCCAUGAACAAGGAAGGCCCUGCAUUUCUUAAUCAAGAAAAUGAGCCCAAGACCCCAUCCAGCUUAUACCAGCUGCCCUAAAU